AUGUCGCUGACUCUUGUGGAAAUUUCUCAAUUUGAGAUUUUCUUGCUGACAUUGUUAAUGUUUCUUGAUGAAGGAAAAGUUUUUGCUGAUAAAAAAUUACGCCGCAAUCGACAACUCCACUCUGAAGCUAUUUUUUGUUUCCUUACAAUGCUGACUGUGAUUUUAACACUACAAGCUAUUCUUGACGUGGUGGAAGAUAAUAAUCGACAUCAAAAUCAAAAGUUCUUCAACCCGUAA